AUGUCGAACCCCACGAGACAUAGCCAACCCCUCUACGGCAUCGAAGCGAGAAGCGACUGGCUCGUAUACAUCGUCAACACCCUCCACGCAAUCGCAAGACAGAGACUCCUCGAAGCCGAACAGAGACGUUUCUACGAGAACCCUUCCACCACCGCCGAACAACGGCUCUUCCACGCCCACGCCCACGGCGAGGUCCAGCAGAUCCAGGAGUGCAUCGGCGAGGUUCUGGGGUCGUUGCACGAUAUUGUCCUCAUUGGAGAGGACUAUGUGCGGAAUGUCAAUGGCCCAGUGAGGAGAGUCCCAUUGCCUGAGAGCAUUGAGGGCCGUCGUCAUAUGCCGUUCUUGACGGUGGAGGUGCAGACUUCUCUUUUGAAUAUGUUGCUUGAUGCUCCGAGGGAUGAGGAGUUUGCGAGGCUUGGCCUGUGUGCGCAGCAUGGGCCGCCAGGUUCUGAGGAAUUCGCGUCCGAACACCUCGCUCACUUGGUCAACGUUCAUCGAGAUCGUAACGCACGCAGCCGUGCUUCUCAAGCACAGCCGACACAUCGGCGCCGGCAUUCAGCAAACUCAGCUCGUGGCGAGGCCAGCGAGGCAACCAACGCGGACGUCGACAUCGAGAAUGACGAAGACGUCGACUACAAUGCAAUCUGGGACCACAUUGGAGAUCUCGCCAAGGCUCAUCCAGAGGGAAACAUGACAACGGAGCAGCGGGAGACCAGAGCGAUAGCACAGAAAGCCGAAUUGGUCCUCAUGCAACUCAAUGAGCUGGUCAGAGACGCCGACCUCGGAGAUGGUGACCAUACCGACAAAAUCAACGACAUGGGGCGAGUACUCUUCGAGUCGUACCCCUUGGAAUUUCGACUGGAGCUGGGCAAGUUCUUCGAUGACCUGUCUAAGAAUGUUCAGCGGACGAGAAAGGGGGAGGAGGCUGGGGAGGGUUCAGUGCCUGUGAAGCACGAGGAAGCCCCGGAGGAGGGUGUGGCAGGAUCUUCUACUGGACCUGGCACUCUCUCUGGUAUUAAGCAGGAGCACGAUGCAUCAACGACUCCGCAGCGAGCCAGCGUUGAGGAGGUUGGUGAGGGUAGUCCAGACCCAGCUACGAUUCCUCUCCCUGACUCUGACUCAGCGUACGGCUCUGCGUCUAGCACUACCUCUGAGCACCGGGCAUGA